AUGGCGGAUGGCGGGGCUGAGGGCAACCCUCUUGUGGUGUGCCUGGAGGCUGGAUGCAAAAAGGAUUCUCAAGCUGCUCGGGAGGGCUCCUGCCCCUGCACCCUGCAGGUAGGAGCCUGCCCUCCAGCAGCUCCUCUUGCUUUCACCCUGCCCUGUAUGUGUGCCUUGCAGCCAGACGCUCAGCUGGCAGGCAUCAAGCUGCACGGUCAGUGCUAUGAUACCAGCGGAGAUCCCGAAAUACGGGUGACAGCUAUGCUGGAGCUGGGAUCCCCCCUGGAGAUGAUUCAGCUCCUGCAGACCCCCUGGGAGGAGAGAUUUAAAAUUUGCCUGAGUCUUGUGAAACUGCUGUUUUACUUGGCACAUUCCCCCCUGGGUUCAAUAGUCCUCUUGGAUUUCCAGCCGAGGCAGUUUGUUAUGGUGGAUGGAAACCUAAAAGUGACAGACAUGGAUGACGCCAGCAUUGAGGAACUGUCAUGCAAGGAAGAUAAUGACUGCACACUCGACUUCCCUACAAAAAGCUUUCCUCUCAAAUGCUCUGCGGCUGGGAAAUGUGAAGGAAUAAAUGAAAAGAAGAAUCUUUUCAAUGCAUAUCGGUAUUUUUUCACCUAUCUUUUGCCACACUCUGCACCACCGGCUUUGCGGCCUUUUUUGAGUGAUAUUCUGAACGCCACAGGUGACUUACGAUAUGGAAUAAAUGAAACCCUGAAAGCUUUUGAAAAGGUUUUGCAUCUGUACAAGUCUGGGCUUUAUCUGCAGAAAAGACCUCUUCAUUUAAAAGACUACAUCUCCCUAAAGGGCUUCCGAAUGGCAGAAGGAGAAGACUACAAGUGCUGGCCCUCCUACAGCCACCUGGGAUGCCUGCUCUCCGUUCACAGCGCCGAGGAAGCCGCCGCAAUUUGUAACUCCCAGUCACAGUGUCAGAGUUUCAUUGUCACCCAGCAGAGGACGUGGACGGGACGCCCACUCGCCUCCUUUCAGAGUAGCCCGACUGAUUUAAUACCGGAUGCUAACACUGUAGUCUAUAUUAAACGAUCAGCUUCCUCAGGAGAAAGACUUUAA